AUGACUGUCACAACGGCAACCUCACUUUCUCGUACCGAGAUCCUCACCCUCUCACUCAUCUCGGGCGCAUCGUGUGCCGUCCUCGCAAACACACUUCACGGCGAUGGCGAACCUCUCAUUGCAUCUCUGGCUCUGUCCUUCCUCGGCUUCUCGCUCUGCUUCGCCAUGAUCCGCUGGCUAGGACCUACCUUUAUGCGCGCCGGUUUCCGUGGUCGCGAUUUGAGCAAGGUGCAGCGCAAUGAAAUUCCAGAAUGCAUGGGCGCUGUAUGCGCGGCUGUCUACCUACUCAGCCUCAUCGUCUUUAUCCCUUUCCCUUUCUACAAGGACAUUGUUGCGGCCACUAGUGGUGGUGGAAAUCGCGAUGUCGUGGUUGAGCUUGAGAAAGUCAACCAGGGGCGUUUCUUGCACAAGUUCCCCCAUAACAAGCUCGCGUCGUUUCUGAGCGCCAUCAUCUCUCUCCAAACUAUUGCCUUUUUGGGUAUUGGCGAUGAUCUAUUUGACAUCCGUUGGCGACACAAGUGGUGGAUUCCUGGUAUUGCCUCGAUCCCUCUUCUGGUCGUCUACUUUGUCGACUUUGACGUCACAUCCAUUGUUCUGCCUCUUCAACUCCAGCCUUAUCUGGGCGAGCUAUUCGACCUUGGUGCACUCUACUACGUCUACAUGGCUUGUGUUGCCAUGUUCUGUCCCCAGAGCAUCAACAUGCUUGCUGGCAUCAACGGUAUUGAAGUUUCUCAGUGCGUCAUUGUCGCUCUCCUUCUCGCCUUCAACGAUUGCUUGUACCUCUUCACGCCCUACCCGCACCCUGCGACUGACUCUCACCUGUUCUCGCUCUACUUUCUUCUGCCAUGGAUCGGCGUCUCAUGCGCCUUGCUUUACCAUAACUGGUACCCGGCCAAGGUCUUUGUAGGCGAUACAUACUGCUACUUCUCUGGUAUGGUUUUUGCCGUAGUCGGUAUUCUUGGCCACUUUUCCAAGACGCUUGGGCUACUCCUCGUUCCACAAAUCUUCAACUUCCUUUACUCAACCCCUCAGAUCUUCGGCCUGAUCCCUUGUCCACGCCACCGACUUCCCCAUUUCAAUGCCCGAAGCGGUCUUCUUGAGCCCUCAAUGACGCCCUGGUCUGCUGAGAAGCAGCCGCGUCCCCUGGUCGCGCGGGGUCUGCUUCUCCUCAGCCAGCUGCGACUACUGAAGGUGACUGUUAACGACAAGGGCCAGUUUGUCGAGACGAGCAACUUCACUAUCCUCAAUCUCUGGCUUGUUUGGCGUGGGCCACUCCGCGAGGAUCGGUUGGCUCUCGAAAUGACUCUCUUCCAAUUUGCCGUUGGGCUUUUUGGGCUGUUUGUGAGACAUCGGUUGGCACUGUUGGUCUUUAAGGAAGACAACUGGGGAACUACUGCGCAGUAUUGA